GAUGGUGGCGAUUUUGCUCCGAAACAUUUGCAGAGCAGUAUGGCUAACAAGAACAGCACCCUGCGCUGUACUUUCUCCGCUCCGACCCACAGUGCCACACUCCUCCAGGGCUUGUCGGUUUUACGGGCUCAAGGUCUGCUGCUUGACGUGGUGCUGGCUGUCAAUGAGGAGCACUUCCAGGUCCAUAAAGCAGUGCUGGCCGCUUGUAGUGAUUAUUUCAGGGCUAUGUUUACAGGAGGUAUGAGGGAGUCCAACCAAGAUACCAUUGAGCUGAAGGGUUUGUCUGCUCGAGGGCUGAAACAUAUCAUCGACUUUGCUUACAGUGCAGAAGUCACUUUAGACCUGGACUGCAUUCAGGAUGUCCUUGGAGCUGCCGUGUUUCUGCAGAUGGUUCCUGUCGUGGAUCUCUGUGAGGAGUUCCUUAAGUCGGCAAUGAGUGUCGAGACCUGCCUGCACAUAGGGCAGAUGGCCACUACGUUCAGCUUGUCUUCCCUCAAAGAGUCAGUCGAUGCCUUCACCUUUCGUCACUUCCUCCAGAUCGCAGAGGAGGAGGACUUUCUGCACAUUCCCAAGGAGCGCCUCGUCUUCUUCCUUAAAAGCAACAAACUAAAGAACUGUAACGAGAUUGACCUCUUCCACGCCGUGAUCAGGUGGCUCCGGCACGACGAGUCUCGCCGGGUUCAGGCUAGCAGCGUCCUCUGCCACGUGCGCUUUCCGCUCAUGCGCUCCUCGGAGUUGGUGGACAGUGUUCAGACAGUGGACAUCAUGGUGGAGGACGUGCUGUGUCGUCAGUAUCUCCUCGAAGCCUUCAAUUAUCAGAUCCUUCCCUUCCGACAGCAUGAAAUGCAGUCCCCACGGACGCUCAUUCGCUCUGACACUAUUUCACUCAUCACAUUUGGUGGGACACCAUACACUGACAACGACCGCACUGUGAGCACCAAGGUGUACUAUCUCCCCGAUGCCGCUUCCCGCCAGUUCAAAGAGCUAACUGAAAUGGAGGCGGGCUGCAGCCAUGCUUGUGUUGCUGUACUUGACAACUUUGUGUAUGUUGUAGGCGGACAGCACUUACAAUACCGCAGUGGGGAGGGGGCGGUCGACAGCUGCUUCCGCUAUGAUCCACACCUGAACCAGUGGCUGCGCAUCCAAUCCAUGCAGGAGGCCCGCAUCCAGUUUCAGCUCAAUGUGCUGCAGGGACAACUUUAUGUCACAGGAGGGCGCAAUCGUUCAGGCAGCCUGUCAUCUGUGGAGCGCUACUGUCCAAGAAAGAACGAGUGGUUUUACGUUGAACCGUUAAAACGCAGGAUUUGGGGUCACGCUGGUACUUCCUGUGGAGAAAAGCUGUACAUCUCAGGAGGUUACGGCAUCGCGUUAGACGACAAGAAAACACUUCACUGCUACGACCCAACAUCAGAUCAAUGGGAUUUUAAAGCCCCCAUGAAUGAACCUAGAGUGCUGCACACCAUGAUCAGCACCCCACGUCGUGUUUACGCUCUGGGCGGUCGAAUGGACCACGUGGAUCGCUGUUUUGACGUGCUGGCAGUUGAGUAUUACAUUCCAGAAAACGACCAGUGGACUACCGUCAGUCCUAUGAGAGCAGGGCAGUCCGAGGCGGGCUGCUGCUUACUGGACACAAAGAUUUAUAUCAUAGGAGGCUACAACUGGCACCUGAAUAAUGUCACAAGCAUUGUCCAGGUGUACAACACAGAGACAGACGAGUGGGAAAGGGAUUUGCACUUUCCAGAAUCAUUUGCUGGCAUUGCUUGUACACCAGUUAUACUUCCUCAAAAUACCAUACAACGUUAAGCAUCUGACCUUCACUGUGAAAACUUUGAUUCCAGCUGCUCUUUG